CACAAGUGGAUGACGGGUGGGUACGGAGAGUGUUCGAGUACUUGCGGCGGAACGAAGACUCGUAAGGUUGUUUGUGCUUUCGUCAAAAAGGACAGAUCGUUUACUGUGAGCGACGACGAGGAGUGCGAUUUUGUCGGUGCGAAGCCGAAUGCGACGACAACCUGUGGACAAACCGUUCCCGCCAAUGACGGACUCUAUGACCUCAUUCGAGAUUCGAUUUGCCCGGAUACUUGUUGUUACGGACACUGUAUGGCUAGGCCUACUCCGUGUCGCUUUACAUACCCCGGUGGUGGCUGCGGGUGUCCCGUUACAACUUACACCGGCACGUGCCAGCAGGAAGUAACGCACGAGGACAACCAUGAAGACGUCACAGUGCGAUGCACCUGCCAGCACCCUGAAACAGGAGGGAGAGAGCUACUCAAAGAAAUAGACGAUUCUCUUCCGACCGGCGGGCCGCCGCUAGAUUAGCUAGAGGUCUAGAGUUGCCAACUUCGUUGCAGUCUAUGAGCAAUAAUUUUGGUAAUGAUAUUGGGGGGAUUGACAUUUUGCACUGUCUGCGCAUGAUCAAUGGCUGCAAACAAUUAUCUAGGAAAGGGAAAGUAGAUAAGAGUUGAAAUCCGUCUGCUUUAGCUAGUAGUAAAGGCGUGAAAUCAAUGCAUGCCACUGAGGCAGA